CAUUUCUCGCAAACGCACAUGCCGGAAAUCUGUUUUUCUGGUACGAUUUCACCGGAAUAUUGGAUGUUUUUCAGGCGAUAUGGGUUCAUUUGUUGCGGAAUGUGGAUUACAAAUAUUGCCGUCUGCCAUGACAGUUUCCGGCCGCGGACGUUCCCGGCAAAAUCUGAAAAGGCUUAAAACUGUCGCAUUACUGUGUCGGCCGACAAUUGGGUAAUGCACGGCGAAAGGCGUGUCAAAAUUUUCGCCGAAAAACGCCGAUUAAUUUGUCGUCAUCGAAUUUUAACGGAUUUAUUCCGUAAGUCGAUAAACUUAGGUUAAAUUAAAUGUCAGGCGCCAUUGCCAUGUGCAUCGUUUCUCGACGUUGUGUGUUCGUCUUGCCUACGUUUGCGCGCCGACCAAUAGAAAUCGCGCGGGAAACACUCGUGACCUGCGCCGGCCAAUCGACAGCGCGCGAUUUGAAUUCCCUCUUCGUCCUUUGUGGCAACCAGGAGUUUUGUAUACAUUCGUCGGGUGUACGGUGCUGUCAGUGUUAAAAUCAUAUUUAUGCACGAUUUUCAUGAAAAUACGAUCGGACACAACGAAAUCUCUACGGAAAUUAAAUCGAAUAUUAAUGCCAUGUCCGCAGCAAUGGAUAUGUUUUUGAGCGCGACGGACUCGCUGUCCUUCCCCGACAUCCUCGACAUCGACAUCAAGUCGGAGAUCGACACGCUGGUGGGCGGUCACAACGACUUCUCCGGCCUCAACUUCAACGAGCUGCCGCCGCUCGAGUUUGAGGACGUGCACGACAUCAAAUGGUUCUCCUCCCAUUCGAACCACUCGAACUCGAGCCUGAAUCUGGAGUUUGGCAGCGAGGACGGACCUACGAUGGUCAAUCCCAACGCCGUGAUGCCGCUGAUGUCGCUGGCGCAGAGCAUGAGCUCGCCAUCACCCACGCCGAAGGAGAGUCACCUGACGUUCUCACCUGCCACCAUCAAAAUCACGUCGAUCAAACAGGAGGCGGAUACCGUGAAGCGAGACCUGAUACACAAGUUGGAGGAAGACGAAGUGGAGGUCGAGGAGAGGAAGCCGGUUUUCAAAGCGAUCACCAAAGUCACGCCGAUAAUCAAUAAGCCGACUGUUAAAACCAUUUCCGCGUCCAAGCCACCAACUUUGCUCACCUUCAGAAACGCAGUGUCCAGACAAGUUGUGCCAGUAAUCACGGGAACUCCCAUCACAGUAGCCCAAAUGAACAACGUCACCACAGUCCGUACUCUGACGGCGAAUGUGAACCGUGGCCAAAAAAUAAACACCAAUAACAAUCACCAUCACAGAGGCAUGUACGACGAUAAUGAGCGGUCGUUCCCGAAGCCGGCGUACAGCUACAGUUGUCUAAUAGCUAUGGCGCUGAAGAACAGCCGCACCGGCAGCCUGCCCGUCUCCGAAAUCUACAAUUUCAUGUGCAAACAUUUUCCGUACUUCAAAACGGCGCCGAACGGCUGGAAGAACUCCGUGCGUCACAAUCUGUCGCUGAACAAGUGCUUCGAGAAGAUCGAGAAGCCGGCACUGAACGGUGCGCAAAGGAAGGGCUGCUUGUGGGCGAUGAAUCCGGCUAAGAUCAGCAAAAUGGACGAGGAGGUGCAGAAGUGGUCUAGGAAGGACCCGUCCGCUAUCAAGAAGGCCAUGGUCAAUCCAGAAAACUUGGAAGCCUUGGAAAGGGGUGAAUUGAAAUUCUCGUGCAGCUAUGACGAAAGCGAUAACUUUGGCGACUCCUGCGGCAGCGCAGAGAGCGAGGAGGGCAGCGACUCCGAACACGAAGUGGAGGAAAAGCCCACCUACAAAUUUAUCAAUGUCCAAACCAUCAAAGAAAACGGAGACGUCAGCGAUCUCGAUAUUGAGGUUUCUGACGGUAUGUACGAAGACAUGGACGACGAUCACGAAUUGUUGCGGGUAGAAAUGGCGCUAGCGCAGAAGGAGCUGUUGUACGAAAGAACGGUAAAUAACAAGCGGAGAAGGACGUACAUUAUCCAGAAUUAAAAUGAACGAAAACCAAGACGAGUGAGUAAACGGAGAUGCUUUAAGCAUCCUAAAAAAUGAGAGAAAAGAAUUUGUCCUAUCUGGGUUAGCAACUCCAUUGAUAUGUAAUGUGAAGCUGUGUAGAUUGGUGAUAUAAAAAUUGUAAAUAUUGUAUUUUUUUUCUACCGUGUAUGUAUCUUAGAAGAUAUCUGUUUUAUGUUCCAAAAUUCGAGAUAUACAUCAAGACUGCCAAGCUCAGCAAUUUUAGCUAAAAGAUGUAUUUUAUUAUAGUUUCUUAUAGACGGAAGAAUAACGGUUUUGUGUUGAUUGUUAUUACAUUACAUUUUUUAUUCGUAGUGAAUUGUCUCCCCUACAUUGUCUCGAAAUGUAAGCCGACAACAGUAUUCUAUAGAAGUGAAGGACUGAUGGCAAUUAGAUCAUGCUUUCAACUUAAAUUUGAACAAAACUGCAGAUAUGUACUUACUAGUUUGUAAUUAUUUGGUGGCGCAAAUUUUAUUCCAUUGAAUUAUCGUUAUAAUAAUUUAUUUUACGAUUGCGAGUGUGAAUAUAAUUUCCGUGAAUGUAUAGCUUCAUUUUUUCAUAUUGGAUAAUGACAUGUGUUAUUAGAAUUGAAUGGUUCUUUAUAGUAUAUUAUCAGUGGAAUGUAAUUUGUAAGAGUGCAAAAAUGUGUUCUAAUUAACAAUUUUAAAUUUAAGUUGCAAAGUUUUUAGUUAUGUACAAAUCGUGCCUUGGCUCCUAACUUAACUUCUUGGUCAUUUCCUUAUUGCGGGACCAGUUCAAUCACAAUUUUUUAAUUUUAUGUUUUUGUUCAUCAUAAUAAUAAUGAUUAUUUUUAUUAUGCCAAUGUGAUAAUUCGUGUUUUUGUGACCUGUUACGUUUGUUGUGUUCGUUUUCAUUUUUUAUUUAAUUGUCUAAUUUAAAAUGGAAAUGAUCAUGUCACUUAUUGUUCAAGUAACGAUUUAUCUAAAAGAAAUGUGACUACCUCAAAAAUUAAACAUCAUGCUGAAUUGUUUGUAAACAAGUUCCUUUUUGGUGGACAUUUUUCUUUUUGUUUUUAUUUGUAUGUGUAUUGUGAAAAUGUGGUUCAUGACAGGUUUAUGUAUGAACCAAGUUUUCUGAAAUAUUUCUUUUAUAUUAGUAUAGAAUUGCACAGUAACAGAUCAUUAAAAACUUGUAGAAUAGAAGAAAUUGUUAUUUUAUUUAGAAAAAUGACUGAUUAUUUCAUAACCAUAGCUGGUAGCUUUUUGCAAAAUAUACAUAUUGUAUUAUGUAUAUUUUACGACAAGCAGCCCAAUCUAUCUCUUAGUCUAACGUUAACUAUCCUUGUGUAUAAUAUUAUUUUUACAUUUUUUGUAAACUAAUUUUUAACUUAAGUCCAUGUACAAAUUUUGUUAGUGUCUAAGUAAAUAUUGGUAAAUAAAAGAU